GAUGGACAUGAUGCUGUUGGUGCAGGGUGCUUGUUGCUCGAACCAGUGGCUGGCGGCGGUGCUCCUCAGCCUGUGCUGCCUGCUACCCUCCUGCCUCCCGGCUGGACAGAGCGUGGACUUCCCUUGGGCAGCCGUGGACAACAUGAUGGUCAGAAAAGGGGACACGGCGGUGCUUAGGUGUUAUUUGGAAGAUGGAGCUUCAAAGGGUGCCUGGCUGAACCGAUCAAGUAUUAUUUUUGCGGGAGGUGAUAAGUGGUCAGUGGAUCCUCGAGUUUCAAUCUCAACAUUGAAUAAAAGGGACUACAGCCUCCAGAUACAGAAUGUAGAUGUGACAGACGAUGGCCCAUACACGUGCUCUGUUCAGACUCAACAUACACCGAGAACAAUGCAGGUGCAUUUAACUGUGCAAGUUCCUCCGAAGAUAUAUGACAUCUCAAGGGAUAUGACCAUCAAUGAAGGAACCAAUGUCACUCUUACUUGUUUGGCGACUGGAAAGCCAGAGCCCUCCAUUUCUUGGCGGCAUAUCUCCCCAUCAGCAAAACCAUUUGAAAAUGGACAAUAUUUGGACAUUUAUGGAAUUACAAGAGACCAGGCUGGGGAGUAUGAGUGCAGUGCGGAAAAUGAUGUGUCAUUCCCAGACGUGAAAAAAGUAAAAAUUGUCGUAAACUUUGCUCCUACGAUUCAGGAAAUUAAAUCUGGCACCGUGACCCCUGGGCGCAGUGGAUUGAUAAGAUGUGAAGGUGCAGGUGUGCCGCCUCCGGCCUUUGAAUGGUACAAAGGAGAGAAGAAGCUCUUCAAUGGCCAACAAGGAAUUAUUAUUCAAAAUUUUAGCACAAGAUCCAUUCUCACUGUUACCAACGUGACACAGGCGCACUUCGGCAACUAUACUUGCGUGGCUGCCAACAAACUAGGCACGACCAAUGCGAGCCUGCCUCUUACCCCUCCAAGUACAGCCCAGUAUGGAAUUACCGGGAGCGCUGACGUUCUUUUCUCCUGCUGGUACCUUGUGUUGACACUGUCCUCUUUCACCAGCAUAUUCUACCUGAAGAAUGCCAUUCUACAAUAAAUUUAAAGACCCAUAAAAGGCUUUUAAGGAUUCUCUGAAAGUGCUGAUGGCUGGAUCCAAUCUGGUACAGUUUGUUAAAAGCAGCGUGGGAUAUAAUCAGCAGUGCUUACAUGGGGAUGAUCGCCUUCUGUAGAAUUGCUCAUUAUGUAAAUACUUUAAUUCUACUCUUUUUUUGAUUAGCUACAUUACCUUGUGAAGCAGUACACAUUGUCCUUUUUUUUAAGACGUGAAAGCUCUGAAAUUACUUUUAGAGGAUAUUAAUUGUGAUUUCAUGUUUGUAAUCUACAACUUUUCAAAAGCAUUCAGUCAUGGUCUGCUAGGUUGCAGGCUGUAGUUUACAAAAACGAAUAUUGCAGUGAAUAUGUGAUUCUUUAAGGCUGCAAUACAAGCAUUCAGUUCCCUGUUUCAAGAAGAGUCGAUCCACAUUUACAAAGACGCAUUUUUUUUCCUUUUUGAUAAAAAAAGCAAAUAAUUUUGCCUUCAGAUCAUUUCUUCAAAAUAUAACACAUAUCUAGAUUUUUCUGCUCGCAUGAUAUUCAGGUUUUCAGGAAUGAGCCUUGUAAUAUAACUGGCUGUGCAGAUCUGCUUCUCUUUCCUGUAAGUUCAGCAUGGGUGUGCCUUCAUAUAAUAAUAUUUUUCUCCUCGUCUCCAAUGAAUAUAAAAUGUUUGCUAAAUGCUGAAAUUGGAAGCAAAAAUAAACCACAACAAUAGAAUGAAACUAUAUCCUAUCUCUAAAGAAUGAAGAAGCUAUUGGACUGUAAAAAUCUCUUCCCUCAUUACCAGUGGUGUUUGAGAAUUUUGACCCACAAUAACUCAGUUUUUGUAAUGAGAAACAACUUAACAUAGCACAGGUAAAUUUACCAUAUGAUUUCUUUAGUUGUAGCUCAAUGUCACAUCCACUUUGGGAAAUGAUUCCCUUUAAAAUGACAGCACAGACCAUUCAAGGGAUAGCCCAACAAUAUAGCACCUUUACCUUUCACUAUUCCAAACCAAAAUCUUUAAGAUGGUUUGUUAGAAAGGACACAAAAUCCUAUCAUCUACUAUCACAUGAGUUGGUAAGUGCUCACAAUUUAUUUGGUUCUCUGGCCGGUAAGUUAGUAUGACAGAGAUAGUGCUCCUGUGGACAGGAGGAUUUUGCAUAGAUUCUUUCUGAAAGUAUCACUCAGUUGAUAGUUUGGAAUAUAUGUUGUACAAAACCAUGUUCCAAAUUAUAUUUCAAUAAAUAUUAUAUGCUGUUAUGCAGCAGAUUAAUCCCUGAAAUAACUAAUUCUGCAAUAAAAUGAUUCUUUAUAGCCAUUUCAGCUUAAACAA